AUGUCUGCCAAUGGCGGCGACCCCAGCAAUGGCACCAGCGAACAAAUCUUCUACCGGAUCCGACAAGCUCUCGAGAUAGUUCACAGCCCCUAUUCGUCCAACGACUCUCGGCGAGAUGCGCAGAACUUUCUCGAGACGGUCAAGGAGAUGCCCGAGGCCCCUUUCCACGGCUACACACUAGCUAACGACAGAGCCCAAGCCCACAUUGUCCGACACUACGGUCUAUCCCUCCUCGAGCAUGCUAUACGAUACAAGUGGUCGGCAUACGACGGUUCGCAGGUGGAGGCACUUCUGUCCUGGGUUCUUUCACUGGGCCAGGCUAUUUCAAAGGAAGAUCCCUCCUUCUUGAGAAACAAGACUGCCCAGCUUUGGGUUGAGGUUGCGAAGCGUUGCUGGGGAGCCGAAUGGAUGGAUAUGGAUGCGCGACUUGUCGAGCUGUGGAAUGUCACUGAUUCCCCUACCCAUAAAGAGUUUGUGAUGCUCGUGCUCGAAACGUUAUCCGACGAAGUUCUUACCAGCGAAGACACGGUGGUUGCUAUGCGGGAAGGGGUCCUCAGCAAGGCUUGUGUUGAGAUCUUCACGCCAACUUCGGUCCUCGUUGAAGCUUUUCCUAGUCGGCAGCCAGGUCCCGAUGUACGACACGGUCACGAGGGCUGGCUCAGCCGCUUGACCGAAUUUCUCAGCUUGUGUCUUGCCUCCAAUGUCAAGGACAACGAUGAGGUCAGGUCCUGUGCGAUCAAGUGUCUUGGUGUCCAGCAGGUUCUGCUGCCUUGGGCUAUUCCGAAGGCCAUUUCUGCCGCCCAAUGCGUCAACGUCUUGGCCGGGGGACUCGCGUGCCCUGUACCUGAGAUCCAAAAGGGCUCCCUAGAAGCUCUCCAUGCACUUUACAGCCGCGCAAAUUUUACCGAUAGCGAAUUUUCAGAGCUGGUGUUACCAAUGUAUAAUCAGUCAUCCAUUCAGCUUUGUACCAAUCUCUUUGAGUGGUCCGCUGUCGAUCCCGAAGACAUCGAUGAGGACAAAUACAUGGUCCUCAAGAAACUCUCAGAGAUGCUUGCUUCCUUGGCGGACUAUCUCGGAAGGAAGAUAUCUCAGGUUCCACAAGAUGCCAGCGUUGGCAAUUUUCUGGAGCUCCUGGUCCGGGUAGUCCAAAACGAAAGUUUGAUGGUCUCCAUCCCACCCUUGGCUGCUUGGACUAGGUUGCUGAACAACGUUCAUGUCAACGUCGGUGAGAGGUUCACCCCAUUCAUAGGCCCUCUACUUGAAGUUGCCAUGUCCAGGCUAGUUCGAUACGAGCACUUACCCGAGGAUUCAAACAAUCCAUCCCUUUUGUUUCUUAUGGAGGAUACCGAUACAGUGCCUGAGCGGCAUGCCUUUCUUGGCAACUAUCGCCGCUACACCUCUCAGUUGAUUGAAGCCAUCGUUCAACUAAAGCUCUUCGAUGCUGUGGCGCAUAUUCUGAGCACCACUGAGUUUACUCUACAGCAUCUGUAUGAUGGCGACUCAUCCCUGAACAAAUCUACUUAUAACAAGCACUCAAUGCCUGUUCUCAAGGUAGACUCUCACUUUACGGUGAUUGAGGCAGCAUUAAAAGGUUAUUCCAAGUGGCGAAUAAAUAAUCCGGAUUUCCAAAACACAUCCGCUCUAGAGAACGACCUGGAAACAUGGUGCCACAAGCUUCUUGACAUGAAUUUUGAGGACCCAAUGAUUCGAAAGAGAAAGCUCCAACUCCUGGUAUACUUCUCAACAACAGCCUUGAAAAACAACACUAGCUUCAUGUUGAAGGUUUUGGAACACAUUCUAAUGACAUGGCCUGCGUUGGAGCCAGAGCACCGUGCUUUCAAUGACGCUGUGAAGGAUCUACAGGGUGAAAGUAUGGUUGAGUUGCAGCGAUUGGCAUCUGAAAUGCCCGAUCACCUUCUUGAUGUUUACGAUCAAAUUGCAAAUCGUGUAAACGAGAUGCUAGCAUCUGGAGCACUUGAUGACAAGAGAUCAGUGGCAUACAGGAGCUUCUUGUUCAUCAUCAUUCACCGCGCUGAGAAAAUCGACACUGCGACAAAAAUUCCCAGGCUUCGUGAAUUCAUUGACCCUGUCAAGGCUCAGUGGCGUGAAGAUACUAUCCGAAAUUCCUUAGAGUCAUAUGCUUCAUUCUGUGGACUUUUGGGGUUAGAUAAGGCCCAGGCCUAUCUUGCGAAUCGCCGGGUGCAUGAAAUUGAGGACUGGGGUUCAUGCUCACUUGAUGCUGAAGGGUUGGCGCUUCAGAAUGAACUGGAAGAACGCCUCAAGGUUUUGCCUCUGCGCCCAACGAAAUCAUUCCUCGCAUUCUCUGUGGAAAGACUUAGCAGAUCGUCUCCUGCAUUCCAGGCGUCGUAUGCUCUCUGGCAAGAAGGCUUUGCGGACAUUCUUGCAUAUCUUCUCAAAUUCCUUAGCUAUGCGCAUGCCACCCAUAACCCCCAGAACUGGGUGGGCUUGCCUACCGAAAUGAGAGCUGUCGUAGACAGGGUGUUGAGCGAUCGUUUUUGGCAGGCCGGAAUUUCAGAUGGAAGCAAAGACGACUUCUACGCCAGAGUCGUUGAUAAACGAACCACCAUGGAGGGACUAGCAUCAACCAUCCGUGGCUCGGUGCGAUUCGUUCGGGAAACUGCUUAUGCGAUCAUCUAUUGCAUGAGUCGUCUUGAUAUGCAGUUUUAUGGCUUCACAGGACUUUCUGAGCCUCUCUCCGAAGCAUUUUUCAGCGACUCGACCUGGUUAUCAACUCACCAGCAGACAAACCUACUAAACCUCGUCAGAUAUCUAGUGGAUGACUGUCCGGUCGAUUAUCGAGCGCAGUUCCUCCCCCAGCUGCUUGCGGCUUGCUUCAGACAAACGGAUGCAAAAAUCAGCGGUGAAUGGGCUCAGAUGGAGCAACAGCAAACAGUCGCAGCUGCCGGAGAAGCUGCUUUGAAGGAGGAAAUGAAGGCCGAAAGUAUUCUCCGCCAGGUGACAUACACGUCGAUUUUGAUGAUUGCAGAUUUCCUCGAUCCAAACAAAGCCAACCCUCGAGCAAUGGGUUCAGGAGCCCCUCAGGAAAACGAACCUGGCGCACCUCAACGGCCGUUCCCUUCUCUACGGAAAUUUUGCUUGAUGCACCAAGAAAUUGUUGAGCCUCUUCUGGUAUUCUGCUGUCAUGGCAUUCGAGUCCGAGAUUCCAGGUGUUGCAGCAUGGUUUUGAGGCUCUUCAUCUCCAUCAUUCCUGAAUUCAGCCUGGAUCCCAGCGCUGCGUCGAGGAGGCACGGCUCAACGGAGGUUCCAAAUGGCUCCAAUCUCUUCCCCGUACCUCCCGAAAUUGCAACAGCUAUUCGGGAGUACAUAUCUACCGAGGCUCUACAGGCGUGUAUCACCUCAUUCCACGAGCCAUACUUUGUGGAUUUACAGAAAGAGUUGGCAUCGCUCAUAGCCGCGAUUGUUGUUUACUACAGUCCGAUAACAGACACGCCAAGAAAUGUUUUGCUAUCACUCCCCAAUGUCAACCCAAGAGACCUUGAUCGCUUGGGAGAAUACAUACCAAAGCCCGCAUCGCACACUCGACAGCAGAGGGCCAUUGUCCUCGAGAUGCUUAAGGAGCUCAAGGGAGUCAGUGUUUCGGAGAUGGGAAAACUUCCCAAAGCGAGUGGCAUGGCUAGUUCCAGCCGGAACAAGAAGAGCCAGCGAACAAAAAUGGCGCAGGCUUUCAUGAGCGACCCCCGGGAAGCUGGGCCGACAUCUACUACUAAUGGGGGGAGAGGAACCACUCCGGAUGCUUUGGAGGGGGUUUCAAACUUGUUCGAGGGUUAG